AUGUCACAGGGCGAGUCAGGCACACCGCGCGCCGCGGCUUCUACCGACGAGGACGACUGGAGUUCAGUCAAAGACCCCAACGAGCGGAGAAAGAUACAGAAUCGACUUGCGCAACGGAAAUUCCGCGAAAAGACUCGACAACAGCGCGAGGAUGCAGAAAGAGACGCGGCAAACCAGCAACACGCCGCAAGCGCAUACACCCCUCCUUCCCCCCAGGACCUCGUCAGGAGCACUUCCAACGAAGAGGGCCUGCCAUGGGGCAGCAUCCCCCUCGGACACGCCAUGGCUACGAGCAAACAGAAGGAGCAGAGCUCGGGGGAAUCGUCGGUCACCCUGGCAGAAACGUCGAAAGCCGGGGCCAGCUCCAGCACAGGGUCGGACUCCUUCUCGUGGUCCACUACGCCCGAGGCCGUCCUGCCUGGGCUGCUUGGCGGGCACAGUUCGCGUCCUACGUUCAGUCCCGUUCUGUCUCAGGAACUAAUGGCCUACGAUACGGACAAUGGACAGCUUGAGAGAGAUCCUUGUGAUGUAGAAAUGGAGUCGGCUGCGGGUCAGCUUUGGUUCGAAGACGCUUGGGACGUCAUGUGA